AUGCCGAUCCUGUCCAAGGUGGCGCUUCGGCCGCUCCGGGAAGGAUGGAGCACGUUCACCCAUCGCACCCCGUGCUGCGUCGGUGCAGCAGGAGCAGUUUCAAGUACCUCGAGGCAGCCUUUGUCUCCUUCAACUCCUCCAUGGUUCAGCCUUGCCGUUCGAACGGCUUGGGUACCCGCAACGUUGCGAGGCUAUGCUACCACCCCAUCUGGAGUCAAGACGACCUAUCCAAGCACGGCGCCACCAGCAAGCGAAAACAGUCAACACCACAGCAAUGCCAGGCUGGGAAAGGAGCGAGACCAGGGCUACCUCGCAUUCACAAAGUCGAGCCUCUUCAAGCUCACGCUUCCGCUGCAACCGCCUAGCGCAGACCCGCGAUCACCGUCAUCCAAACACUCUUCGGCAUCAGCUAGAGCAGAGCGGAGCGAAGACCCAGAACGAUCCGAGGUGGAGAAACACGAGCGAAAGAGCGUCUCGGAUACGUCGUGGGAGCAAGCCGCAGAGACACCCGGCCCCCCCGUCUCGCAAGUCAACCAUCGAUCGCAUUCCCACCUCCACGGACCCGAAAAUGGCGAACCCUCUGACAUCGAGGCUGACGAGUACGAUGCCGAUGCUCCGGCACACAGCGUCGUCUUUCUUCUGCACAGUGCUCAGCCGCUGAGCUACAUUGCCAACCUCAUCCGUGCAGAAGGCCCAAGUCCGGAACCGAGCCAGCACCAGAUCGAGCAACAGACACAGCCACAAUCGCAGCCCCAGAAGUCUUCAGAUCAAGACAACGAUGACAACAGCAAGGACGAGUCCAGCGUGCCCGUCGGUCCGCGUUCUUCUCCCGAGCGCAAGGACAAGCGCGUUCAUCUUUCCAAGGAGCAACUCGAGAUGCGCGAAAUGCUACUCCGUCAAGGUUUUCUCGAUCCGCUCGGAGACCCACCCAUCUCGUUCCAUACGCGUGCAGCCGACGGCAAAAGAUGGUCGCCAGCGACGGGCAUUGGUGACUUCCUGCGAGACGCCGCACGCAUAGGCUCGUUCGUCAUUCGCAUUGGGGAGCGCAAUGUCUACGUCUCGGUACCCUCUUUCGAAGAUCGUACGCGCUUCCUCCGCGCCACUCUCUAUGCCAAGACCGAGCAGAUCGAAAGGCUCGUCCACCUCAAGGCCGAGUGCGAUCGCAUCGCUCAUUCAGGCACCAAACGUCUCUCUUUUGCAGGUGUCGCCAUUCUGAGCGCCUGGUGGGGCUCGGUCGCUUUCUUAACCUUUGGCACCGAGCUCGGCUGGGACGUUAUGGAGCCCGUCACCUAUCUCACCGGUCUCGGCACCAUCUUGGGCGGCUACAUCUGGUUCCUCAUUCACAACCGCGAGGUUUCGUACCGUGCGGUGCUCAACGAGACCACCUCGAGGCGGCAGCAAAGGCUGUACAUUGAGAAGGGCUUCAACAUCGAGCGAUACCAGGAGCUCAUCGAAGAAGUCAAGGACCUGCGCAAGGCCAUCAAAAAGGUCGCCGAAGACUACGAUCUUGAGUGGGACCAGGGAGAGACAAAGGCAGGAAAGCAGAACAAAAAGGCGUUGAAGAUCAUCCGCAAGCAGGAAGAGGCCAGCUACCGCUCCAAGAGGGACGAUGUCCGCGAAGACGAAGAAGGCGAGGCAGGCGAUAAGGAUGAUAAAGGUGCUGUGAGUGUCUCGCAAGAGGCCGAGGACAAGGAUGGUGACGGUCAGCCAGACAACGUGCAAGCCGACAACUCGAAGCUCAAGGUCCGAAAGAAGAAGGCGAAUGGAAGUGAGGCUCGUCGCCACUUUUCUACUUCCUCUCGAAGCAGCGCGAUUCGACCAAGCCCAUCAUCGAUUCGUGGCCUUAGACACUGUAGCAGCAGCAGCAGCGGCCACCACACGAAACAGCUUGCAACAGACCUUGCCGCAUCCACGAACAAGCCCUUGCAGAUGUCGGCCAGCGGGAUGGCUUCGCUCGGCAGUGCACCUUCCGCUACCGCCGUUAAGAAGCCCUACAGCAUACAACCCUAUCUCGCUCUCAGCCGAAUCGACAAACCCAUCGGGACCUGGCUCCUGUACUGGCCUUGUGCGUGGUCCAUUGUCUUGGCGUCGCACACGCUCGGUCUGUCCUACACCACCCCACUUUUCUACUCGAUGCUGUUUGGUGUGGGUGCCAUCAUCAUGCGCGGCGCCGGAUGCACGAUCAACGACAUGUGGGACGUCAAGAUGGACCGCAUGGUCGAGCGAACCAAGACACGCCCUCUAGCCGCCGGCGAUAUUACGCAAUUUCAAGCCCUGUCCUUCCUUGGCGUUCAGCUCAGUGCUGGGCUCGCGGUGCUGGUCAACUUGAACCUGUACAGCAUCAUGCUGGGUGCUGCAUCGCUCGGUGUCGUGGUGCUGUAUCCGCUGAUGAAGCGUAUCACCUACUGGCCGCAGUUGGUGCUUGGGUUUGCUUUCAAUUGGGGCGCCAUGCUCGGAUGGUCUGCCGUGGCUGGUGCCGUGGAUUGGGCGGUGGUGCUACCGCUGUACGCGGGGUCUAUUUUUUGGACGCUGGUGUACGACACGAUCUACGCACACCAGGACAAGACCGACGAUGUGCAUGCGGGAGUCAAGUCGACUGCCCUGUUGUUUGGCGACAAGACCAAGCCGAUAUUGUCGGCAUUUUCGGCAAGCACGGUCGGGCUAUUUGCCUACAGCGCAUCUCGAGCAGUUCCACCUGCGAUCGGCGCUGCGCCCACGGCAGUGGAGGCCCUGCAACCUGCACAGAGCUCCAGCGUUGGCGACCUCGUGCUUUCGGCUUCGUCCCUGGACACGCUCGCAGCAGCCUCGCCGAUGCUCGACACGUUGUCCCAUCACCACCCCUUCUUCUGUAUGGCUCUCGCCGGUGCCGCGAGCCACAUGGCAUGGCAGAUCCGAACGGUCAAGCUCGACGAUCGUCCGGAUUGCUGGCGCAAAUUUUGCUCCAACACCACCUUCGGCUGGAUUGUAGUCUCAGGUUUGGUCGCCGACUAUUCGGCAUGGCUCUACCUCGACAGUAGGAACGGAGACAAGGCUCUGAGGGAGAACGAGGAGUAA